AAUACGUCAAACUGCGGUUCAAUCCCAGCAACGUCGAGAAUUCCGAAGCCCGUCUGGCUUUCCUCAUCUUUACAAACACGACGUCUCAAGAACUCGAACCCGAAGGCAACAUUCCCGUCUACGCCAACGUGGUCAAACGAGCCGAAAUCUCAAUCAAAGGAUUGGGCCGACCGGAGCAGGUCUUGCUCGGUUGCGAGGUUCAAUCCACCAUCAAGUACCGUGACGAAAUCGGCCAGCCCCUGCUUCACAGCUACGAAAUCUACAAUGCGGGACCGUGGAAGGUGCCGUUCCUGUCGGUCAUCGUUUCGUGGCCCUACCAGGUCGAGAACGGGAAACCCAUCGGCAAAUGGCUCCUCUACAUGGACGAGACCCCUAAAGUCGACGGUGAUGGCGAGUGUAUCAUGGAUCCCAAGCAAGUGAACGUGCUCGAUCUCCCCAAGCGGCCCGGAUUCGUCGAGGCUCCCAUCGAGCAUUUGGCCAGACAUUUGCCCGUUCCGACCAUCAGCGACAUUGACGAGAACGAGAUUGUUGAAAUGGAUUCCGCGCCGGUUAAUUCAACCCGUCAGAAACGGCAAGCGGGCGUCGUCAUUCUGCUCGAGGCUAUCGUCGAUAACGAGGGCAAGACCCGCCACGUCGUCACUAUGGACUGCGACCGCGGGACGGCCAAGUGCUUCAUAUUUCGGUGCAACAUUAGGAAUCUGCAGCGCAAGCAAUGGGCCGUGAUUAAAAUCCGAGCCAGAUUGUGGAAUGCGACCCUUGUCGAGGAUUUCCCAGAGGCAUUCACACCGUCAAGAUACGUUCCAAAGCCCACAUUUCCCUGGAUCCUUCCCUGGAAAUCACACAGCGGAUCGAAGAUGAUCUCGAUUAUGCUGAAACGAUGGCGUACCCGGAUCGGUUGGACACUGGUGAGUCACGGUCCGUCCCUUUGUGGAUCAUCAUCGUCAGCGUUUUGGCCGGCAUUUUGCUGCUAGUCCUCCUCAUCCUCUUUGCUCUGGAGACUGGGAUUCUUCAAGCGCAAGCGGCCCGACCCCACUCUGAAGGGCAGUCUACUCCAGAAAGACAAGGAGCUUAACGGUGAAUAAUACAUUUCUUAGUGUUUUACGACGACGACGUUGACGCGAGAGGUGAGCUAACAGCUUCCCCCUUGUGCCCUUUUUUAUGUUAUACCCCCAUCCGAUUUCGUGACCCGGCUCUGAUUGAGUGUGUGACGUAGUGAUCUCGCGCAAACCAACGAGUCGUUGAGAUUGAAAUGAGACAGAGGUUCAUAUAUUGUGUACACUUUUAAUUAAUUUAUACGAGUCGAUUUAAGUCGAAUUUAUACUGUCGAAUUCCCCUCUCUCUCCCAUCUCCCCACCCAUGUUGUGUUGUUACGUGUAAUUAAAUAUGCAUAGAUUAUAUUCGUGAUUUUAAAGUUAACGGGGAGGAAAGUGAAAGAGAGGGACGCGCUGUUCAUUCGGUCAUUGAGUGCGCGUUUUAGUGUGACACUAACCCUAAUUCACUGCUGUAGAUAUAUUUUUAUUCCUUUCGAGCUCAAGAAGAGAAAGUUUUAAAAAGAAAGAAACGUGAUUCCACAUCGCGCCCAUUUGUUUUCGUCCACUUUUCUCCCCCCCUCCCCGCACACAUUGAUCGAUAUAAAUAUUGCCGAUUCACAGAAUUUUUAUUUUUUAAAUAGCUAUCUCAUCAUCUCGAUGUAGUGUCAAUGAUUUUAACAGUCCCUUGUACAUAAAUCAUUUAACAAGUAAAUACAACAAAAUUGAGUUCGUGUCUGAAACAGAAAACAA